AUGGCAACACCAGAUAAAAGCAAGAAAUCUUCCUCUGGCUCAAAAUGCUGCAAAGGUCCUGGGUACGCCAGCCCAAAGGAGGCAAUGAAGAAAGGACCCAGAGAAAAGAUCCUGUACAUGCCCUGCAUUGUACCCCAAGAGCAGAAGAAACUGAAAGCAGAUUACUUAGCAACCAUUGACGUAGAUCCGGAUUCCCAGACUUACUGCAAGGUGAUACACCGUCUGGUUAUGCCCUUUCUUGAGGACGAGCUGCAUCAUUCUGGUUGGAAUGCGUGUUCUAGUUGUCAUGACGAUCCAACCAAGGCCCGGAAUAAACUAAUACUACCUGCUCUUAACAGCGACAGAAUUUAUGUCAUUGAUGUUGGAGCAGAUCCCAAGCAGCCACGAAUUCACAAGAUAAUCGAACCUGAUGAUGUCCACUCCAAAACUGGACUAGGUGCUCCUCAUACCUCACAUUGUCUUGCUAGUGGAGAAGUCAUGAUCAGCUGCAUUGGCGAUGCUCAGGGCAACAGUUCAAAGAGUGGGUUUAUUUUGCUGGAUGGGGAGAACUUCGACAUUCUAGAAAACUGGGAAAAAAGCCACAUCAGCAUAGGCUACGACUACUGGUACCAGCCAAGGUACAACGUCAUGAUCAGCACAGAAUGGGGUCCCCCUCGCGUCUGGAGAAGUGGGUUUAACAUCCAACAUGUUGCAGAAGGAAUGUAUGGUCACAGUCUGCAUAUCUGGGAUUGGUCUACACAUAAGGAGAUUCAAACAAUUGAUCUGGGUACAGAAGGCGCUAUUCCCCUUGAGAUAAGAUUUCUGCACGACCCGGAUGAAUCGACAGGUUAUGUUGGCUGCACUCUGAGCUCGGCUAUUUUUAGAUUCUUUAGGACUGCAAAAGGAGACUGGGAAGCAGAGAAAGUUAUUCAAGUGCCCCCAAAGAAAGUAGAAGGUUGGGCCAUGCCUGAUAUGCCAGGUCUGAUUACUGACAUUGUUGUGUCGCUGGAUGACAAGUUCCUUUACUUCAGCAACUGGAUACAUGGAGACAUCCGGCAGUACAAUAUCACAGACAGGAGUCAACCCAGACUUGUUGGACAGGUAUUCCUUGGUGGAAGUGUUCCAUUGGAUGGCUCUGUCAAAGUUAUACACGAUGAAGAACUCAAGUGUCAACCCAAACCAGUUUUUGUGAAAGGCAAGCGCCUUGAGGGAGGUCCACAGAUGAUCCAACUGAGCCUAGAUGGUAAACGUCUGUACGUUACCAACUCACUUUACUCUGUAUGGGACCAGCAAUUUUAUCCUGAAAUGAGCAAGUAA